AUGUCUUCCGCAGCACCUGCGCAGAGGAACACGUCUGAGAGAUACAACAUAUCGACCAUAUCGCUCAUUACAGUCGCAGUUGCAGUUUUGAUUGCAGUGGUUUUCGCGCCCGCCAACGUGUUCGGUCUUCGACGCUUCGCGCAGUCGUCUUGGGCGGCUAUUGGAUCUCGAGGUCGGGCGUUGAGUUCCGCGUCUCCUGCUGUAGCGGCGAGUCAGAGUUCUGCUCUCGAGGGCGACAAGAUGAGGACGCCGAUUUACUUUCUGAGCCAUGGGGGUCCGAAUAUCAUGUACGAUUACGACCACCCAGCAUACAAGGAAUUGAGCCGGAUAGGCAAGGAGAUUACGACCAAGGUUAAGCCGCGCGCGGUUGUGGUGUUCUCGGCGCAUUGGCAGGCGGGCGUUGAUACGGUGCAGGUGAAUACGGCUGAGAUGACGGAGUUGAUUUAUGACUUCUAUGGCUUCCCUAGCCACUACUACAAGGAGAAAUAUCCCAACGUCGGUAGCAGGGAGAUUGCGAACAAAGUGCUUGAUGCGUUCAAGCAGGCGGGCAUCAAGGCCGAGGGUGUCAAGAGGGGCUUGGAUCAUGGUGUCUGGGCGAGCUUCAAGUGCGGUAUGCGCGAAAUUCUAGUCGAUGCGCGAUUCGAGGCUAAUAGGCGUGCAGCAUUCGAUCCGGAGAAGAACCCUCUGAAUGUGCCCAUUGUCCAGGUGUCUCUGUUCAAUACCGAAGAUCCCAUGCAGCAUUACCGGCUCGGUGAAGCUGUGUCGAAGCUCCGCGAGGAAAAUAUCCUGAUUAUCGUAUCCGGAAUGGCCGUCCACAACCUGCGAGAUAUGCAAUUCACAUUCGGCAACCCCCGCCCUUUGCCGUAUACUGCCAGCUUUGACGAGGCGCUCAAAGACGCGGCCACUAAGCCGCCGGCGGAAAGACCUCAGGCGAUGGUAGACCUGCUGAAGCGAGGAGACGCCCGACAAGCGCACCCGUCUUUCGACCACCUUCUUCCGAUCCACGUGGGCGCCGGAGCUGCGGGAGACGAUCGGGGUAAGAGGCUGUGGACUUUGAAGGAGGGAAGCUUGAGUUGGGCGCAGUAUAGAUUUGGUGCAGUGAACAAUGCGAGUAGCGCGCUGUAG